UCUAAAACAAGCGAAGAAGAAGCUGAAGUUGCAAGGUCAGCUGAUGCGUCGUUUUCACUGUGACUGAGCUCUCGGUGACUAAUAUAGUAACGAGUGAAUUUGUAUUAUUGAAUGUGUAUUAUUUAAAUUACCACCGGAAACAUUACAGAGGGAAGAUUGUGACACUCCUUUUUUUCCUAAAAGAUGGCAGACACAGAACAGCAGAAUCCCCCUCCUCCCCCACAAACAGGGCCUGUGCAAUUUCUUUUGAGCAACAAACUAGAGACGGCUAUGUGGCUCUCACGUCUUUUUACAGUCUACUGCUCCAUCAUGUUCAUUCUUCCACUGCUCGGGCCCAUGGCUGCUGCUAAUUUUUACCAGAGGGCACUCUUGGCCAACGCCUUGACAAGUGCUCUGCGUCUUCACCAAAGGCUACCCCACUUCCAGCUUAGCAGAGCUUUUCUUUCUCAGGCUUUGCAGGAGGACAGCUGCCAUUAUCUUCUCUACUCACUGAUCCUGGUUAACUCCUACCCCAUAACCAUGAGCAUUUUCCCAGUCUUCCUCUUCUCACUACUUCAUGCAACCACCUACACCAAAAAGGUUCUUGAUACUAUGGGACCCAACAGCCUGCAGUUCGUGAGAAACUUCCUAAACAAGCUUACAGCCAAUCAGCAAAACAUUCUCAAGUUCAUUGCCUGCAAUGAGAUCUUUCUGAUGCCAGCCACUGUCUUUAUGCUUCUAAGUGGACAGGGCAGCCUGCUACAGCCCUUUAUUUACUACCGAUUCCUCACUUUGCGUUAUUCCUCUAGACGAAACCCCUACUGUCGAACCCUGUUUACAGAGCUAAGGAUCCUGCUGGAGCACUUCAUGAUGAAGCCUGCCUGCCCUAUCUUCCUCAGGAGGAUGUGCCAAAACAGUAUCGCCUUCAUUAGCCGUCUGGCUCCCACAGGAGUUUAAAUAUUCGUACUUUCAUCUCACCAAUCCAACACAACCUGAUGCACUGAUCUACUCGUGCAAACAUUUCCAUACACAUGCUCCUACACAGUGACUAGGAGGGAGUUACUCCAGGCCUGAUUCCUUAGCAGGUUGAUGGUGUCUCAGUGAUCAGAACUGGCUUCACUGCUGAUCUUUUUCUGCAUGGAAAUCACUUGCUUUUGGAGGAACUCGAAUUCAAAAGGCUAAAAUGCGAAGAUGCGUUAACAUUCAAAACGAUGUACUCCAAGUGUAGUAAAUAAUUGGUGCAGCUCUUUAUUCAGUACUUUUAAAGGAUUAUUUAUAAACUAGUGAUGUGUGGAUGCUGUUCAUAUGGGGAUAAAUAAAACUCAAAACUAUUUAAGUAAAUAAUUGCUAGUUUAUUAGAUCUUGCCAUGCAGGGAACUGAGAUUUCUUGUUAUGUGUGUGUACUAGUUUUCUUUCAAUGGUCUUAAUAUUUUUUUAUAUUGUGUCAAUUCUACUUGUUGAUCUGAAUGAUUAAAAUCUUGUAACUUGUUGAUUUAUUUUUAUUUUUUUGUAGAUUUGUGAGAAGUUGAUAAUGCAAUUGAGGAAAAGUGGAAACUGUUAAUGAUUUUAUUACAUGAGUAGUUUACUUUUUUAACAGGUUAAAUCAAUUAAAAAUGAUUGUUUAAUAUAGAUCUACUGCUGACUACUCACUUGUAGUGCAAACCUGCUGUCAUUUAAUGAAAUGCUGCAUUGAAUAUGAAUUGAUCAAAGUUACUGCAUUACCACCUAUUAUCUGUGAGAAUUUUAGUUGGUCCAUUUUCUGUUAACAGUCAUUUUUGUGAAUGUAAGGUUAAUUAAUAAAAUUGAUCUAAUGUGAA